ACCAGGGAAAUAUUCAGUAGGAUCAGUAAGGAAAAAGAAGUGAGAGUGAGAAAGGACACACACACACACACAAAAAAAAAACAGAAAACUGUGGAGUACUAAAAAUCAAAGAGUGAGUAACAGAGCAAAACCUUAUGGAACAUUUCUGAGAUGAAGAAAACAAUAGUUCAUUUUAAGGAUAGAUCAAAUAAGUGAACGGGUUAAACUGAACCUAUAGAAGGCUACUAGGCUGAAGCUCAGUUGAGACAAAAAUAGGUAGCGAUUCAAAACAACAAAGCAGAGCCUGGGAAGAGAGGAAUAAGAGAGGUACAAAUACUCUAUCUCCAUCAAGGCAAAGAGAAAGAUUGUGAGAACCAGGUAAAAUAAGGUGUUUGCAGAACCAGCAUUGGAGAGUCGAAGCAGGAACCAGGAAUCAAGACGGCAAAAGGAUCAGAGGAUUUUCCAAAGCACUUUUGUGUGGGGAUGGAAGAGGUACCACUGAGCUAUGAAGAAGCCAUUAAGAGGGCAGGUGAUGCUCUUCAUCGCUUUCCUCUUGUAGAUGUUGAGGGUGUGCCACUCAUGAGCAUCAUUGCCGCCAACUGGAAAUCAAUUUCAGAAUUUUGUCCCGACCCAUCAGACAUGCUCAUCGCUACCUACCCUAAAGCAGGUACAACCUGGACUCAAGAGAUAGUGGAUCUUCUGCUGCACAAUGGAGAUGCUGAAGUGUGCCAGAGAGCACCAACAGCCGUCCGUAUUCCAUUCCUGGAAAUCUGCUCUCCUCCACCCAUACCAUCAGGGCUUGACUUGCUGAAACAGAUGAAACCACCAAGAGUCAUUAAAACUCACCUGCCAAUCCAACUAGUGCCUAAAGGAUUCUGGGAAAAUAAAUGCAAGGUCAUCUAUAUGGCCCGAAACGCUAAGGAUAACAUUGUGAGCUACUUCCACUUUGAUCGAAUGAACUUCACCCAGCCAGAGCCUGGACCUUGGGAUGGAUACAUUCACAAGUUCAUGAAGGGACAAUUGGGCUGGGGAUCUUGGUAUGACCAUGUCAAAGGUUACUGGAGGGAACGAAAGCAAAGGAAUAUCCUCUACAUCCACUAUGAGGACAUGAAAGAGGAUCCUCGUUGGGAAAUCGAGAGAAUCAUGCGCUAUCUGGACCUGUCACUUCCUGAUGAAAUCAUAGAUAGGAUUGUGCAGCUGACAUCAUUCAAAGUCAUGAAGGACAAUCCAAUGGCCAACUACACCUAUAUCCCAAAGCCUGUGUUUGAUCAGUCCAUUUCUGCCUUCAUGAGAAAAGGAGAGGUUGGUGAUUGGGUCAAUCAUUUCACUCCAGCUCAGUCCCAGAUGUUUGAUGAAGACUACACUAACCAAAUGAAAGAUGUGGAUAUUCCUUUCCGCUUUACCAUUUGAGACCUUUUAUCUAUUUGAUAACUUUUAUCCAUCCUUUUAUCCUUAUGAAACCUUUAAUGUUUAUGUAAAAAAAAAAUUACAUGAAUAUUUAGCUAGUCAGAUGUCAAUAAGUGUGAUCAUAUGUUAUUCACCUGAUAUCAUUGACAUGUAUGGCAGAAUUUACAAGAAUGUACUAAAGUAUGUGUGGUAUACUUUUUUUAAUGAACUUCCUGAACAAAUUCAGAUUUACCUUUCAAAGCAAACCAAAACACAAACUCUCUUUAAACACCAAAGAGGCCAAAUCACUGAGACUAACAUUGCACAGUCCCCUAAAAAUGUUAUUCUGUACCAAAUUUUAUCAACUGAUAUAUUUUUACAAUAAUGAAUUAAUUGUGUUCAGUAAAUUAAAAAACUACCAAAAAUGUCUGAUUAAAGGUAAAAAAAAUAAAUAAAAAUAAUUAAUUGCCUGG